AUGGCGCUGCUGCCCGACAUUUUCUGCUCCUCCUCUAAGGACCUACUGGAUGCCCCUGACCCUAUACCAGAGGCAUCAUUGCCGACACCUAACCUGCAUACAGAGAACCGGGGUGCGCCGUCCACCAGAGGUGACAUUAUGGACCUCAUGGUCAAUGUCAGGGCCUUCUUUCGUGCAGGCCUGGCGGUGGUCCAGGAGGAAGUGGUAGCAGUCACAGAUAGGGUCAAGGCGACGGUGGAAGACAUAGCCACCCUCUCACAACGCCAAUCUAGCUCACAAAUGGCAAUGCAAGUGACGCUGGAUGCGCUUGACGAUGCCCGCUGGCGCAAUAAAUAA